UGAGUACUCACUGGCCCCGCUGGAUGAGUUCACUACUUAUUACGUUCAAGUGCACGCUGAAACAUCUGUAACCGGGUCGUCUUCCGACAUUAUCUCGGCAAGGACAAAUGAGGAUGCUCCCAGCUCUGCUCCAGUCAUUGAUAGAAAAGGAACAAAAGCCGAGGAUGCGCACACCAUAAGAGUCAUAUGGAAUGAAAUUGGAAAGGAGGAUCAAAACGGCUUGAUAUUGGGUUAUGAGGUUUUAUACAAAGAAAAAGGCCAACAAAACAGUUUCAGGUUGAACACAACAUCGACAGGCACCAUAAUUGCGCGCUUGAAACUAUAUACGGAAUAUUGCAUUCAAGUUCAAGGGUUCACAAAAGCUGGGAAGUCACCAUUCAGCCCCUGCUUUGAUGUCAGGACACUGGAUAAAGGUCCAAGCCAACCACUCAAUGUUCAAGUUCAAGCCGUUUCUUCCGUUGCAAUUCUUGUAAAGUGGGAUGCACCAGCUCACCCUAAUGGAGAAAUAAAAGAGUAUAUAAUAUUUUAUGGAACCAGCAAGGAUGUACAGAAAAAUGAGCGAAAAGUAACUGGAAGCACGCGGGAACGUACUAUAGAUGGCUUGCACAAAUAUACCACUUACUAUGUGAAAGUCAGGGGUAGUGCCUCGGAACCAGGAAAUGCUUCUGAAAUAUUCAAUGUUACAACUUUCGAAGAUAGUCCUGGACCUCCAAAGGAGUUCAGGGCUCAGGUCGUAACCGCUAAUGAUGUUCAUCUGACAUGGAAGAAGCCUGAUAAUUCCAAUGGAAUUGUAAGGUUCUAUUACAUAAAGAUCUACAAUACUAAAACCGGGUUACAGUUCAGAAACCCUAUCAACCAUAACGCAGACGAGCGGUCACUCGUGCAGCACUACAGCAGAGUGAUACCAGACCUCAAGUACUCUACAGACUACACGUUCACAAUCCAGGCCGUCACAGUUAAACCUGGGGAAAUGGCUAACGCUACAGCAAGAACAGAGGAAGGAGUCCCAAGUCAGCCUCAAGAUGUCUCUGCGAAAUUUGACAAAGGUGGAAUUGUUAUUACUGUUUCAUGGAAGGAUCCAAAAGACCACAAUGGAAUUAUCAUCAUGUACUCGGUAUACUUCGAGGGUAAAAGAGGAUAUGACCCUUCCUUUACAGAUAACCACCAAAUUGUCUCAGGAAGCAGCUCUCGGAGCACUGAAAUUGGAGUAGCGAGGUUGAAGCCUGGUACAGAAUAUAGUAUUUAUGUGAAAGCAAGGACAGUCAAAGGAUAUGGAGCCGAAAGUGUUCGUUUAAGGCUGAAAACACUAUCAAAACGUCCACCACGGCCUAAACCUCCCCAAGUUGUCGAACAUGACGUCACGACAACAACAAUUACGAUUUCGUUAUCGCCAUCCAGUGACCAUAACGGAGAGAUUAUUCGACAUGAGAUCAUAGUAGAAAUGCUUGGAACAGCCAGAGCUCGUAGGGAAACAACCGCCUUACCGAAGAAUAUAUACGGCUAUGAGGAAGCGCAAACAAAUGGAGAUCGUUUCUACAUUGCGGCUAUGUUUGAAAAACGAAAACCCCCUGCUGAGUUCGUUCUUGGAAACGGAAAAACAUACGGCGAUUAUAAGAAUGUCCCUCUUAAACCAGGGACUCGAUACAAUGUGUAUGUAAGAGGAGUCACCGAACGUGACGGGAAAUGGCUUUACGGAGAACCAGCUGCUAUCAGUCAGCUGGAAACUGUCGCUGGUGGCUGGAGCGAGUGGAACUCAUGGAGAGUCUGUAGUAAGCCAGUUGGUGGUAUACAAACAAGGGAAAGAGAAUGUAAUAUUUCAGAACCAGCAUAUGGUGGGAAACACUGCUAUGGGACCAGAGUACUGCUGAGAGAAUGUAACAACACGUCCAGUUGUAAUCAAGCAUUUCCGCUGCGUUUUAAAACAGCGAAGAACCCAUCUGUCGGUAGAAUGGAAAUCUACACAAACAAUAGCUGGGAAAAGCUUUGUACCAGUCAAUGGGAUGAAGGUGAUCUCAAUUCAACCUGCAUGGCCAUGGGCUACUAUAACAACGGUGUAUAUGUUAAUGACACAUGGUAUGCAAAAAGAGGCAACGCCUCCAAGAAAUCCAGCUACCAUAACUGCACCAUUCCAACUACAUGUGAAAAAAACCUGGCAAAGAAACAGCAAUUUUGCAAAGUAUAAUGAUGAAACUUGCGAGGUGAAUCACAUGAAUGCUUUGAUAAAGGGAUCGUCGACCACAUCGCCUCAAGGAGACUAACAAUAUGCAGUGUAAACGUCUUGAUCCACAUUGGAAAACAAAUGACACCUGCAACAUCGAAACUAUUAUUUUCCGAACCAAUGAAACUUGUAGCCUGACGGACAAUAGAAAAUAAUAUGCCGAGAAUGUUGAAGAACACAA